AAACAAACGCGCGCACACACACACACACACACACACACAGGAUACUCUCCGUUUAACAGGAAAAGCUACGUUAACCUCCAAACACCGGGAGUUGGCCCGUAGAUAUACGUUAUCUCCUCGUACUACAUGUAUUUAACUGGACGCUGAGAGCCCCGAAGUCAUUCCGAGCCUUGCCUCCGGCAACAGCAGGUCCCUCACCGGCGCUGUAGCGACAGACGACUGAACUCUCACACGUCAACAUGAAUCCUUGCUUCAGCAGCGGCCUGUCCGCCGUGCCUUCAGCAAAUCUCACACCCACGCAAGCCAACAACAGCUUUGUCGGGGGCGCCCCAGGCCUGGACCCCUACGGCCAGUACGCCACCACACCGUCAUGGCCACCACAGCUGGACUCCAGCCCUCAGGCUACAAUCAGUGACACUCCUCAGUUGUACCUCGAUGAUAACGAAAAGCUGGACGACGUCAGUACCUGGAACGUGCAGACCAUCCACCAGGUGGCCGCGUCCCUCGCUCAGAACGUAUCCGACAACCCAGCGUAUUUUGAUCUGGAGGAUCAAUGGCCUCUAGCAUCACAGGACGCCUGGAAUGACGACGAGCACGAAAACAACAACAACAAUAACAACAACGGCUACGGGGAGGAAGACGUUUUGGGUGCGUAUGGCAACACUGCCCCUCUCUAUGCAGUUCCCAGUGGCAAUGGUGCGCCUCAGCCUUCCACGGGCGCUACUCCCCGCCGCCGGAAGCUCAAGAUGUAUGAGUGGCCGCCUCAGUCAGAUCCCGAGCUAGAAAAGAGGAGACAGCGGGCGGUGCGGCAGUAUCAGCAGCGCCUCAAAGAGGAACAAAUGGAACGCAGCCUGCGUCGCCAACUGGAGGAAAGGCAGGGCGAGGUGGCCACGCUGACCGCUGAGGUCCACCAGCGUCACCAGAAAGUGCUCAUGUUGAAGAGGCUUGUCGCUGAGAAGCGUGCCGCUCAGCAGAGGCACAUGGCACACCACCGCCAGACAGGAGGCUUCUGAUCCCCUCCACUCUCCCUACACAUUCCAAUACACACUACCAGUACUGAAAGUUACUGCUGUACCCACUAAGGUCUUUCCAAAUGCUUCAUAUUUAUUACCAAAGUGAUACACUGUGAUAGAAUGCUUGUGGAUGUGUGUGUGUGUGUGUGUGUGUGUGUGUGUGUGUGUGUGUGUGUGUGUGUGUGUGUGUGUGUGUGUGUGUGUGUGUGUGCGCGCGUGGGUGCGUGAAUAGUGAUGAUAACGUGUACAAAUGAUUAUUACAUAUAAUUGCUUAGAAGUAUGUACUAUUAUUGUAAUUUUAUAUGAAUACAACCAA